AUGGACGAGAAGACAAAUCGUCUCAGCCUGCAGAUAACACGCCCACCUCUGACAGAUGCCACGCGCAGAAUAAACAACGGCGCAACCAUCCGGGCUGAGCCAGAGGAACGAACAGUAGAGGAAGCCUACCAGGAAAUACUGUCCGACCCAAUGUCUAUCGUGACCAGUCCAUUGUCGACCAAAGGCCAUGUGGAAAUCAAUUGCAUGUCACCGGGAGCGAAUUCCCAGGCCGGCUCGAACCGCAACUCGACCCUCUCCGCUCACUCUCUACUUUCGAACAAGGGGAAACGAAAGACUCAUGUCGGACCGUGGCAGCUGGGAAGAACCCUAGGAAGGGGGUCCACGGGUCGUGUCAGGCUGGCAAAACAUGCUCUCACGGGACAGACGGCUGCGAUUAAGAUCGUCUCGAAGAAGUCGGCGGCUAUAGCCCAGAGUGAAAGUAUUGCGGCCAUGGACAAGAAUAUCGGUCAUUUCAGCGGUGCAACUGCCAGACCUAUGCCUUCUGGAAUCGAACGAGAAGUGGUUAUCAUGAAGCUCAUUGAACAUCCAAACGUCAUCAGUCUAUACGAUGUAUGGGAGAACAGGGGUGAACUGUAUCUUGUUCUCGAAUAUGUCGAAGGAGGAGAGUUGUUCGAUUACGUAUCGAACCAUGGCCCACUUGCAGAGGAGGAAGCCGUUCGAAUCUUCAGGCAGAUUAUCGCGGGCCUUGGACAUUGUCAUCGGUUCCAUAUCUGUCACCGCGACUUGAAACCAGAAAACAUAUUAUUAGACUCGUGGCGCAACGUGAAGCUUGCUGAUUUCGGCAUGGCUGCACUACAACCUGCCGGGCACUGGCUGAACACAUCCUGUGGAAGCCCACACUACGCUGCGCCUGAGAUCAUCUACGGCCGGAGGUACCGUGGUGACAAGGCAGAUAUAUGGAGCUGUGGCAUCAUCCUGUACGCACUCUUGACGGGAUAUCUUCCAUUUGACGGGGGUGAUCUUCCUACAACUUUGCGAUUGGUAAAGAAGGCGGAGUUUAUGAUUCCUCGGGAGCUCAGCUAUGAGGCGACGGAUUUAAUCGAGCGUAUUCUUCAAAAGAAGCCCGAGGAUCGAAUCAACAUGGAACAGAUCUUCAUGCAUCCCCUCUUGAAAAAGUACGAGAAGUUCCACCAAGCAAGAUCCAACCACUACCUUGGUCCUGCGCCGCCAAUAUCCAUACACGAUUGCGGCCCACCCGUGCUUGCGAGACAGGACAUUGAUGUGGAUCUUUUGAGGAAUUUGCAAACACUUUGGCACGAUGUCAAGCCUGAUGUUUUGAUCCAGAGACUCCUUGAAACUGAGCCAACACAGGAACGCAUGUUCUACAACGCCUUGGUCAAAUUCAGAAAUGAGCAGCUCGAGAACUACCAAGGACAGCCCCUCGAGUAUUCUGCCAGUGACUACCACCACAUCUCACGCGGACCGGCCCGCAUCGCCAACAAACGAACAGGUUCUCGGAAGCGGAACCAAGUUCCAGCCAGGGAUAAGAUCCAUAGUCCUCUCAGAGAGCCCAAAUCCUGUGCCACGGUCGAAAGUUACGACCCGUUCCGAUCCCCCAAGAAUCGGAUGACGGACAGAGAGGCGCAAUUCGCUAAAGUUACGAUUCAUCGCAGGAUCCCGGAAGAAGUCCAGAAAGAGGCAUCAGAAGAAGUCGUCCAGGUGCCAAACUCUGUUCCGGACAGCGAUCCUGGAUUUGAGGACUGUCCUCCCAGCUCGCCUUUCGCGGUAGUGCGGAACAAGAAAUCGAAAUUCAAUUCUGUCAAGUCGUUCCAAUCCAAAGCGUCAUGUGGCAGCUCUCGUCGACCCUUGAAUGGCACCCCAACACCCCGCUCGGCCAGCUACAAAAGGAAUGUAUGCUUUCGUCAUGGUCGCUAUCGUUCACAGGGGUCAGUGUCUGCUAAAGCAAGUUCUACGCAAGUGGAUGUCCCGGAUGUGCCGCCUAUAAAGAAAGUGAACAGCGAUAGCACCUUUGAAUAUGAAGAUGAUGGCGACCCUUUCUCCGACAGAUUUAGCAGCCCUGUGUUACCCGCCCAGCCGACGGUUGUUCGAGGCAGUGGUAUCACCGUCAAACACUGUUCGCAGAUGAGAAAGGUGCGGGAGUCGGACUUUAUUUGGAAAGAUGAAGCCAGGAAAGUCUCCCACGAGCUCGGUCAGAUCUGCGAGGAAGCCUUCAACGGUGGCUCUGUCUCCACAGGCUGUACAGCGAGUACAAGCACAGACUCAGAAACACCGGCAACGUCAGUCUCAAUGGCUACCCCGGAGGAUUCAUAUCGCCAUAUCCCCGCAGCACGACCGAAGAGAAAGUCCGGUUCUUCGACCCCGGGUGCAUCGCCAAGGUCAUAUACUGCAGCUGAAUUGGCCGAGACUCGCCGCAAAUUGAUCGCACACUCCACGCAAGAUGGUUCCCAAGACAUUCCCGCAUAUCUUACAACAGUGAUCAGCCAUCUCGACCGCUUGAUCGAACAAGACAAAAUCAGACAUGCUCCGAAAAGAAGUGCCUCCGAGGAAAACGCUCGUGCAUCGCAAUCAGGCCCAUUUCUCAAAACAUCUCACGAACCCUCGUCUCUGCCAAUGAUUUCCGAGGAAGCGAAUCAUAAACAUUCCAACAAACCAAAUGCCAUUGAAAAUGAAGACGACACGAUCCCGUCGGGCUCCCGGCCUGGUAGUCGUCCCACCAGCAGUGUCACAUCCGGCCGAAGGACAAUCCGCAUGGUCCCUCAGAGUUCUCUACCUUCGAUGGACAACUCCAGGCCUCUGGACGUACGAAAACGCUACCGGAACCGCGAAUCCACGCCUCGUGACACUCAGCCUCAGCCAUUGACCGAAGAUUAUGAAGCACUUCCAGAGAUUGAAAGUGCCACAACCACUAGGUACGCAUCGACCAGCUCCCGUACAGGUCGGAACCCAUCUGAGCUCGCCCCCAUUGCGGAAAUCCCACCAAAGUCACCUAGACGCGGUGCUCCUCGUGGCCCUGAGACGAAGAAAUGGUCAUGGUUCCGCAAUCGAUCUCAGACCAGCACCGAGACGGCAAGGUUACAAAGUGAGAUCAAGCCACUACAACCCAGCUCUGCUACGGUAGUGAUACAGGAGGUCAACCAACCCGAACAACAUACACCGGCAGAAGUGGAAGGACCACCGAAAGCCCAGGAGCAAACACCAACGAAACAAAAAGGCGGUUUCUUAAGGAAACUGAUGAAACGGAAGCCGAGCAAGACAGUUGAUUCUUCAACAACAGAAAACCCGCCAGGUGCAGGAGAAGAGACCGGAGAAAACAAUCUUCUAUUGGCCCAACUCAGCGGAGGCGAGAUCUCGUUCGAAACUGAUAACAAUCAGAAGCCCCUUCCGCGGAGACCCAGACCUGCAAGGAGCCAGAACUGGUUCGCACGCGUCUUCCAAUUCAAACCCGCCACCCGAGUCAUCGCCUUGAAUACCUCGAAGAUCAAAGGCCGGAAAGAAGUUUACAAGAUCCUCCGGGAAUGGGAAUGGAAACAGUACGGUCUGGUCGACGUAUCCAUGGACAAAUCCAACAACGUUAUCCACGGCCGCGUUGAUGAAGUUAACCUCCUCCGUCUUCGCCCCGUCAAGUUCUCCGCAGAGUUCUACACCGUCCUAGAGCACGGCCGACAAGCAAACCUAAGCCUCGUCCGCUUCAGACAAGAGCGCGGAGCCGCUUCGUCAUUCCAGAAGGUCGUUGACACUCUGCAUCUAGUGAUGAAACAGCGCGGCAUCCUAGUCGAAGACCCAACUCGUGCUAAAAAGAUGACUCGAAUUCUGGACGCGUUUCCAGACUCUUAG